AUGGUAAAUACUUCGUUUCUCUUCUGUGGUGCAGUAUUGCUGGUGUGCACUAUUAUAGCCGUAAUUUUGGAAAUACAGGCUAAUCAAAGCAAGACUGUCCUUAACAAGGAAAAGUUGCAAGAAUUUCCAUUGGUUGGUAAGACUAUUUUGACUCACAACACAGCUGUCUAUAGAUUUGGAUUACCAAAGAAAGAUCAAGUUUUGGGUUUGCCAAUUGGUCAACAUAUUUCUGUUCAAGCUAAUAUUAAUGGUAAGGAAAUUGUAAGAUCAUACACACCAACCUCUUUGGAUUCUGAUUCAGUUGGAUUCUUUGAGCUAUUGAUCAAGUCUUAUGAAAAGGGUAACAUUUCCAAGCACUUUGCUGAACUAAAAAUUGGUGAUAAAAUCAAAGUUCGUGGUCCAAAGGGGUUCUACCAAUAUGUUCCUAACAUGUGUGAAGAAAUCGGUAUGAUUGCAGGUGGUACCGGGAUUGCACCAAUGUACCAAAUCAUGAAAGCUAUAUUUGCUAAUGAUGCGGACAAGACCAAGGUCUCCUUGGUUUAUGGUAACCAAACUGAAGAAGACAUAUUGUUGAAGAAAGAAUUAGAUGCCUUUGUUGCCAAGAAACCAGAUCAAUUCAAGAUUUACUACAUGUUGGAUAAGGCACCAGAGUCUUGGACUGGAGGUGUUGGCUAUAUUACUGCUGACAUUAUGAAGGAUCAUCUUCCAACUCCAGCUGAUGGUGUUCAAUUGCUAGUAUGUGGCCCACCUCCAAUGGUUUCCUCAAUCAAGAGAAAUGCCGUCUCCAUUGGGUUCCAAAAGGCUAAACCCAUUUCUAAGAUGGGAGACCAAAUUUUCGUCUUCUGA